UAAUACUCGUUCAGCUACACAAGAAUCACAAUUAUGGUUGGUAGAUCAACAUUUAGAAGAGGGUAGUAUUAUUAUAAACAUAGAUGAAAUCAUUAGAAAAACAAAUAUUAAAAUCAUUCGCAAUAUUAAUAUCACUGAUGUUUUAACUCCACCACCAUCACAAUAUAAAAAUCUUAAAGUUCUAAAGUUAUUUAUUGAUAUUUAUUAUGACGACUUUGGAACCUAUCGAAAU